AUGGCACCCGAGAAAGUCAACCUGGGUAACGAAGAGCAGGUGUGGAAGAAUCUGUACGCGGAUCGACUGCAAGCCAAACGCGUGCCACCCGAGUUGAAAGUGGGGGAUCGGGUGAGAUUGAAUAAGAAAUAUCGCAUGUUCAAGAAAGGGUAUUUACCGGGUUGGACCGAAGAAGCGUUUGUGGUGGCUCGUGUGGUGCCGGGUGUGAUUCCUACCUGUAAGAUUAACGAGUGGGACGGAACGCCUCUGAGUGGCACAUUUUACGCACAGGAUUUGCAGAAAGUGACGGUGAAGAGCGACGAUCUGUUUCGCGUGGAAAAGAUCGUCAAGCGAAAAGGGGAUAAAGUAUUGGUUCGAUGGGAAGGUUGGCCAAACAAAUACGAUACAUGGAUUGAGAAAGGGGCAUUGGUCAAGGCGAGAUGA